AUGACAGCCAACGGACAAGCUAGGAAGUGCGCGUAUGCCACCCUGAUCACACGUGCCAGCUAUCUUGCUGGUGUGGUGAUCUUGGCACAUACAUUGAAGAAGCACGGCAGCCAAUAUCCAUUGGUUGUGUUGUACACGCCAAACCUUGCGGAACAUGCUCUCCAAGCGCUGAGGUUUGAGUCGGCCGAGAGUAACAUCAUACUGCGUCUGUGUGAUGUUCUACUACCACCCAAGGACGCAAAGAUCACGUUGAUAGCGGAGCGCUUCGCUGACACAUGGACAAAGUUGCGAGUUUUUGAGCUCGUCGGAUACGAUGUCGUCUGUUAUCUGGAUGCCGACAUGGCUGUCUUUCGCAAUGCAGACUCGGUGUUUGAUAGGAUAAGCCACAUUCCCGAAGGUGGGCUUGGGGCGAACCACUCGUGCGUGUGUAACAGAGAUGGUGAUGCCUGGGCGCCUGAGGAUUGGCGCCGGGAAAAUUGUGCGUAUACUUCAGUUACGCAUCCCCAAGCUCUUACGGAGCCGACACAACCUGGUCCCGAGAGCCCAAGGACGCACACCCUCCUGAACGGGGGUAUGUUUCUAUUCCGACCGUCCCAAGAGUUAUGGGAUGAUAUGCUGGCCGAGUUCAACACAACUCCUCUGCUUUCCACCUUCAAAUUCCCUGAUCAGGACUUCCUCGCGCAUUAUUAUCGAGACAAAUGGCGAGCGUUGGGUUGGCAGUAUAAUGCCCUGAAGACCAUGAGAUACUGGCACGAAAAUAUCUGGCGCGACGAAGAAGUCGUAACGCUGCACUAUAUCGUUGAUAAGCCAUGGGCAUCGCGUAUCGGUGCGAACGGUAUGGCAGGUUACAAAGGUCGGGACGGCGUAACCCAUCAGUGGUGGUGGGAUGUGUAUGAGCAAUGGGAAAGUGACAGGUGGGGCAGCCCUCAUGGUGGUCCAGAGGUUGUGGCUUUGGUCAGAAGAGGAGUUGCACCGCCGAUAGGAGCUUCUGUCACUGACUGGACUUCGGGCGGCGAGGAAGAUCCGGAUAUGCUAGCAAUUGGAGGUAAUGUACAGGGAUUCGCCAAGAAUAAACUGGCACACGAAGAGUAG